CUCCCUCCCACCGCCGCCCCCCCCCGCCCCGUCCUCGUCCCAUGCAGACCCCCUCCCCGCUGCCGCCUCCCCCUCCCCUUUCCCCGCCAUGUCGGAGCCGUCGGAGGAGACGGUGCUCUACGUGGAGCACCGCUACGUCUGCUCGGAGUGCAGCCACCUCUCGGCCUCGCUGGAGGACGCCCUCCUCCACCAGCAGCACCACGUCGGCCCCCAGCAACACCAGUACGAGCUGGUGGGUUUGGCCGGGGAUUACCAAGCGCUGGCGAUGCCGGAGAGCAGCCAGUACCAGUGCUUGGAGUGCGGGCAGCUCCUGGUGUCGCCGGGGCAGCUCUUGGAGCACCAAGAAAUGCACAUCAAGCUUUUAGGGCAAGACCCGGAACCUCCCGGCACGGCCAAAGCGCCCUCCGGCGCCGGGCAGAUCCACUACGAGUGCGUGGAGUGCAAAGCGCUCUUCACCAGCCAGGAGGUUUGGUUAGCUCACCGGCAGAGCCACCGCGCCGAUCCUCCCGCCCCACAAACCGUCGCUCAAGGUCAAAACCAAGCUUUGGUAGACCUGGAACACUCGUACCGCAAACCGGAGGAGGAGGAAGGGGAGGAAGGCGCGGCGGAGAGCGGCGGCGACGGCGGCACGGUGCAGCUCCUCCUCUACGAGUGCGGCGAGUGCCUGCAGCUUUUCCAAACCCCAAAGGACUUUUUGGAGCACCAAGCGGCUCACCUGGCCGCCCCGGCGCUCAACGGCGGCGCCAGCGAGGCGCCGGCGGCCGCCGAUCACAGCUACGAGCUGAAAGACGGGCCCGAGGAGGCGAAGCCGCCGGCGGCCCCGGCGCGGCGAGCGGCCGAGCACCGCUGCGCCGAGUGCGAGCAGCUCUUCGCCACGGCUCACCAGCUCCAGCUCCACUUGCGGUGCCACCGCCUGGGCGCUUUCCAGUGCCCCCUUUGCAGCAAGGUCCUGCCGUCGCCUCCGGCGCUGGAACAACACCUGGGCGGCCACAGCGGCGAAUCCCACUUCCUCUGCCUCGACUGCGGCUUGGCGUUCGAUACCGAAGCCGUGCUCUUGGCUCACCGCCGCACCCACUCCCCCAACCCCCUCCACCGCUGCCCCUGCGGCAAAGCCUUCGUCAACAUGACCAAAUUCCUCUACCACCGGCGCACCCACGGCACCCCGCCGACCCCCCGACAGCACCCCGACCCCCCCCAGGCCGCCGACGCCGCGCCGGCGCAAGGGGAGGCGGCCGUGCCGCUCGCCGUCAUCUACUCCUCGGAGGCCGGCGAAGCGCCGGGGCCGAGUUACCGCUGCUUGAUGUGCAGCAAAGUCUUCUCCAAGCACCCGCAGCUGGCGCGGCACCAGCGCUUCGUGCACCGCCUCGAGCGCCGGCACAAGUGCCCCACGUGCGGCAAGAUGUUCAAGAAGAAAUCCCACGUCCGCAACCACCUCCUGACCCACACCGGCGAGCGGCCUUUCCACUGCAAGGAGUGCGGCAAGAGCUUCAAUUCCCAAGCCAACCUCCUCCGGCACCGCCUGACGCACACCGGCGAGCGGCCCUACGAGUGCGAGGUGUGCCACAAGCGCUUCACCCAGUCCUCCACCCUCCGGCAACACCUCUUCGUGCACAGCCGCCGCUACCCCUACAAGUGCCAGGAGUGCGGCGUCCGCUUCCACCGCCCCUACCGCCUCCUCAUGCACCGCUACCACCACACCGGCGAGUACCCCUACAAGUGCCAGCAGUGCGGCCGCUCCUUCCUCCUCCGGCGCCUGCUGGAGGUUCACCAGCUCAGCCACGCCGGGCGCCAGCCCCACAUCUGCGCCGGUUGCGGCGCCGCUUUCGUCACCUCCCUCCAGCUGCGGGAGCAUAAAUGCGGUAAAAUCAGCCGGCGUUUCGAAUGCCCGACCUGCGGUAAGAAGGUGGGGUCGGCCGCCCGGCUGCGGGCGCACGAGAGGGUCCACGGCGCUCCCGGCGACCCCCCGGCGGCGGCGGCGGCUCCCCCGGCGCCGCCGCGCCGCCCGGCCUGCCCGAAAAGCUUCGAGUGCGGCGAGUGCAAGAAGCUUUUCAGCACGGAGACGUCCCUCCAGGUCCACCGCCGCAUCCACACCGGCGAGCGCCCCUACCCGUGCCCCGACUGCGGCAAAGCCUUCCGGCAAUCCACCCACCUCAAGGACCACCGCCGCCUCCACACCGGCGAGAAGCCCUUCAAGUGCGAAGAGUGCGGCAAGGCCUUCGCCAUCGCCGUCCGCCUGGCCGAGCACCGCCGCAUCCACACCGGCGAGCGGCCGUACCGCUGCGAGGCCUGCGGCAAAGCCUACCGCUCCUUCUCCAACCUCUGGAAGCACCGAAAGCUUCACCAGCAGCAGCGGCUCCGGCACGAGCGCGAGGCCCUGGCGGAGGCGCAGGCGGCCGUCACCGCCGCCGUCACCGUCACCGCCGUCGCCGCCGACGGGCGGGACUACGGCGACGCCUUGGCCAUCAUGGAGACCAUCGAGAUCUACCCCGCGCCCCCCGAGCACGAGGCGCCCGCCGUUAACCAGGAGGGGGCUCUGGGUGACGGCAGCGGGGAGGGGGUCUGAAUUGGAAAGGGGGGGUGGGGAGUGGG